GCUAUUGUGCAUUUUUGUUGUGUUUAUUUUGAUGCUGUUUAGGGAAUAAUAAUAUUUAAAUUCGAUUUAAUGGAAAAAUUCAAGUUAAAAUGAGUUCUAACUGUAAUGUUAUGAAAGUUAACGAUUCAAAGGAGAUUUUAAUAAAUGUGAAAAUAGAAGACACGGACAGUGUCGUUCAUCUAUCCGAAUUUUUAGAUAUAGUUGUAGAAAGUCCUGUAAAAAAGGAAGAACUAUUGAUACCUGAACAGAAACCAUUUGACAACAACGAUGAUCCUUUAGAAGACAAAGUACAAAAUUCAAACACUAAAUUUGUAGGUGAAUACAACGAAAGUGAUUUUUUACUCAAAGAUGAAGGCAAUGCUUUGUUAAAAACUCAAAAAAUCUCUAUUGGCCGGAGUAGAAAAAGACAACUAAAUGAAGAAAUUAUAGCUCAAAGUGGUUAUGUAUGGACAACCAGAGCUGUAGAAGAGGUAUGCAGGGAAUGUCAAUUUUUUUCUAUCAAGCCACAAGGAAAGGGGCCAUCGAGCAAGGUUAGUAAUCCUUUAGAGACUUGGAAUCUGUUAAUAGAUGAACCCAUUUUACUACGAAUUGUUAAGUGCACUAAUGAUGAGAUACGUUCGCAUAAUACUUAUAGAACUACAUAUCAACAUACAAUUGAUUUGAUCGAGCUGCGUGUGUGGAUUGGACUGACUUAUCUAAUUGGAAUAUUUCGUAAUUCACAAUAUAAUGGACCUCUAGAGGAACUUUGGACGCUUGAAUUAGGAAAUGUUAUUUUCCGUUCAGCAAUGUCAUUUAAGAGAUACGAAUAUAUAAGUGAGAUGAUACGCUUCUCUGAAAUUAAGUCUGAGAACGCAACGAUAUCGAUAGAUUGUGUUCAUCAUAUAUGGGAGAAAUUUUUGAUAAAUUGUCGUUCAUUCUAUGCGCCAUCUGGAAACUGUGCUAUUGGUGAAAAUAUUAUAGUCGUAGAUGAAACACAAUUCGGUUGUAACUCCUUAAUGCCUGCUAAUGUGAAAAAUAGUGAGCUUCGCAUGAUAACUCUUUGUGAUACUAAGACACUUUAUAUGUGCAACGCCAUUUGGCGCGUUGAGCCCUCGGCAAUUGAACGCGACGUUUUGCAAUUAAUAUGUGAUAUUAAAGGAACAAAAAGAAACAUUGUACUUGAGAAGAGUUACACAAGUUUACAAAUAGCAAAACUUUUAAGGGGAAAGGAGCUCACAGUUUUAGGAGAACUAUCGCCUACAUCGACGGAUAUACCACAACAGUUCAUCUCAAAUAAAACGGCAACAGUUUUAUACGGCGAGAGCUCUUCGUUGUCAUUAAAUAAAUCGACUGCUGAAGACAAUUCUUUAUGUUUUAUUUUGGACGGUGGUGUGUCACCCAAAACAGAUGCGUCAAAACUUUUUAGGUGUACUCAAGACAGUUGUCAACGGUUCCAGCAAAAGUCAAAAAUUUACAGUACAAACAAUGCAGGCACAUGCAAAAGUAAUGGUUGGACGUUGCGGCUUUUCCAUGCCAUACUCGACAUUGCCGCGUUCAAUGCAUGGAUAUUGCUGCGACUUUCUGCGAAUGGCGAUGCUGCGUUCUUGCAACGAGAUUUCCUACGGCAAUUAGGAUUGUAUCUGACCCAACAACAUCUCAAGCGUCGACUAGAAAAUAAUAAAAAACUGCCGCUAAUGCAGAAACUGCUUAUUUGCGAAAUGUUAGGUGAACCUACCGAAAAGUUCCUCAACGAAAUACCAGGGGGUGACAAAAGUAACAAUGCUGUUGGCAAGAUACAAACCGAAAGAGUAAAACUGCCUGAGGAUGUUACACUUAUGUCGAAGCACUGUGAGAAUCGGAAACGUUGUCGCAAGUGCCCAAGUGCGAAGUCGUGUAAAACACGUACGCGUUGCCAGCAAUGCCUUCGUCCACUUUGUGGCAAACACUUACUAAUGCGGUGCGCUGAUUGCACGGGCCUAGAAGCAUAGGAUGUGAUUCAUUAAAUUUUUUUUAUAUUAAUUAAAUAUAAUUUAUUAAAUAUAAAACCAUAAUAUCAUCAUUAUAGUCUUCCGUCAGUUGAAUUUUUUUUCUUCAAACACUUUAAAUAUUUUAAAUUUGUUUUC